AUGGAUGGUGUUCAGGUCAUCGGCUACGACUUGGACUAUACUCUGGUGCACUACCGUGUGGAGGCCUGGGAGGGUGCCGUGUACACACAGAGCAAGGAGAUCCUCAGAAAGAAGGGUUUCGAUGUGGAGGGCUUGGAAUUUGAUCCAGAUCUCAUCAUCCGUGGCUUGGUUAUCGACUCUAAACUGGGCAACAUUGUCAAGGUCGACCGCUACGGAUAUGUGCGGAAGGCCCUCCACGGCAUGAAAAUGCUCAGCGAGAAUCACGUAAACAAAUUGUACGGCCGCCAGAGAUGCCGCGUUGAUCUGCGAGAGUCGCGCUGGAGCUUCAUUAACACUUUGUUUUCUGUCGCGAGUGGUUGUUUGUUUGCGCAACUCGUGGAGAGGGCAGAUGGAUCUUUGUCACAGGACAGCCCCCCUCUCCAUUUGGACUAUGCGCAGCUGGCUCGCACCGUCCGCGCGGCUGUCUCGGAGGCGCACGUAACCGGCGUUUUGAAGGAACAGAUCUUGAAGGAUCCAUCUGAGUAUGUGCAGCUAGAUUCUGAAGCACCUAUCGCCCUCCUCGACCAGAAGUUAGCUGGCAAGAAUCUCGUGCUUAUCACAAACAACGAUUGGGAAUAUACCCAGAGGAUGAUGAGCUAUGCGUAUGAUCGCUUUCUGCCGAGUGGCCUCACAUGGCGAGCACUUUUCGAUGUGGUGAUCACAAACGCAAGGAAGCCAGACUUCUGGACUCUUCAACUUCCUUUGUGGGAGGUUGUUGACGAGGAGCGGGGGUUAACGCAUUCCACACCUCGGUCAAAGAUGGAGGUCGGCCACGUGUAUUGCGGUGGCAAUGCGAGAAUGGUUGAGGGCUGCUUUGGGCAUGGCGGCCAGGAGGUGAUGUACGUGGGUGACCACAUCUAUGCCGACACGAAUGUGGCCAGGCGGAUUGUUCAGUGGAGAACGUGCCUAAUUAUGCGCGAGCUUGAGGAAGAGGUGCGUGCGUUAGCUACAUCUCAGCAGCGUCGGAAGGAUCUUGGCGACCUGCUGGUGCGACGCGAUCGUCUGCUGCACCAGCGCGGCAUGUCUCUGGUCAAAGCUGCCAGAAGCCGACUUGGCAUCUCUACGCAACUGUCCCUGGGUCACGGCCUUACUACUACUUAG